CAGUCGUCGUCACUAUCUAUCUCAGCCAAGGUUGAGUGGAGACGUGACAUUUCAGUGAUUUUGUGUGUAGUUUGAGUUUGUAGUUGGCAGGUUCACUACUCAUUCAUAAGGAAUAAACUGAAUGAAUAUUGUUUUCAAAAAGUGAUAGCUGCAGUUGAUGCAAAAUUUGUGUACUCAUUAAGUAUAUAAUUUUUGAAAACACUUGUUCAACACCGAGAUCAAAAUGGUUGCAGAACAACAUCCUUUCGAGAACCUAAAGAAAACGAUAAAUGUGGGUGGAAAAGAAUAUGUGUACUUUGACCUGAGUCAACUGGGUGAAAAAUACAAUCGUCUUCCUUUCUCAAUACGAGUACUGCUUGAAUCAGCUGUCCGUAACUGUGAUAAUUUUCAAGUAACCACCAAAGAUGUUGAGGCCAUUUUGGAUUGGGAAAAAAAUCAAAGUAAUAGUGAUGGAGUUGAAGUACCAUUUAAACCUGCCAGAGUUAUAUUACAAGACUUGACAGGUGUGCCAGCUGUCGUUGAUUUCGCUGCUAUGCGUGAUGCAGUAAAAAAAUUAGGAGGUAAUGCGGAUAAAAUAAACCCGAUUUGUCCUGCUGAUUUGGUUAUCGAUCACUCUGUUCAAGUUGAUUUUUCCAGAACUCCUGAUUCACAAUCAAAAAACGAAACGUUAGAGUUCGAAAGGAAUAAAGAGCGUUUUACAUUUUUAAAGUGGGGUGCAAAAGCUCUUCGCAACAUGUUGAUUGUACCGCCGGGAUCCGGUAUCGUGCAUCAAGUUAAUCUGGAAUAUCUGGCUCGUGUUGUUUUUUCGGAUUCCCAUGUUUUGUAUCCUGAUUCGUUGGUCGGUACCGAUUCGCAUACAACGAUGAUAAAUGGUCUUGGCAUUGUUGGUUGGGGAGUCGGAGGUAUUGAAGCUGAGGCGGUAAUGCUGGGACAAUCGAUCAGUAUGUUAUUGCCUCAAGUAAUUGGAUAUAAAAUUUAUGGAAAAUUGAGUCAAUACGCUACUUCAACUGAUUUAGUUUUAACCGUGACCAAACAUUUGCGUCAAGUUGGUGUCGUUGGCAAAUUCGUAGAAUUCUUUGGACCUGGAGUUUCUGAGCUUUCAAUCGCCGAUCGUGCCACCAUCAGUAAUAUGUGUCCCGAGUAUGGUGCUACAAUCGGUUUCUUUCCCGUUGACAAUAACAGUCUAACCUAUUUAAAACAGACCAAUCGCGAUGACGAGAAAGUCAAUAUCGUAGCUAAAUACUUGCAAUCUGUGGGAAUGUUGAGAGAUUACAGUAAUGAUAACCAAGAUCCUGUCUUCAGUGAAGUCGUAACUUUGGAUUUAGCUACAGUUGUGUCUUCUGUCAGUGGGCCUAAGAGACCUCAUGAUCGAGUCCCUGUUGUGGAUAUGAAGAAUGAUUUUCUCCAGUGUUUGAGCAAUAAAGUGAGUUUCAAAGGAUACGGAGUACCGACAGAAAAACACUCAGCUCAAGGAGAUUUUGUAUUUGAAGGUCAAAAGUAUACUUUGAAACAUGGAUCGGUCGUAAUAGCUGCCAUUACUUCUUGUACAAAUACGAGUAACCCUAGCGUUAUGCUGGGCGCCGGUUUAUUGGCUAAAAAUGCUAUUAAUGCUGGAUUAUCCGUUGCUCCCUAUAUCAAAACCAGCUUGUCGCCGGGAUCUGGAGUCGUCACUUAUUACUUACAAGAUUCCGGCGUUCUGCCGUACUUGAAAAAAUUAGGAUUCGAUAUUGUUGGAUUUGGUUGUAUGACAUGUAUCGGUAAUUCCGGUCCUUUGCCGGACUCCAUGGUCGAAACGAUCGAAAAGAAUGAACUGGUUUGCUGCGGUGUAUUAUCCGGAAACAGAAAUUUCGAAGGAAGAAUUCACCCCAACACUCGAGCUAAUUAUCUAGCUUCGCCUUUGUUGGUCAUAGCGUAUGCUUUGGCCGGAAGAGUUGAUAUUGACUUUGAAAAGGAACCCAUCGGUACCAACGAAGACGGAAAGAAAAUUUUCUUGAAGGAAAUUUGGCCAAGUCGAACGGAAAUUCAAGAAGUUGAGAAAAAUCACGUGCUUCCUGCGAUGUUCAAAGAUACUUAUUCUCGUAUUGAGAAGGGAUCUGCGAGUUGGCAGAGUAUUGAAGCUCCAAAUAGUCAACUUUACCCUUGGGAUCCUAAUUCUACUUACAUUAAAAAUCCGCCAUUUUUCGAAAACAUGACUAGAGAGUUACCAGGAAUCAAAUCCGUUCAAAAUGCGAGAGUUUUGUUACUAUUAGGAGAUUCGGUCACCACUGAUCACAUAAGUCCAGCGGGAACUAUUGCUAGAAAUAGCCCAGCUGCUCGUUAUUUAGCUAGUAGAGGGUUAACGCCACGAGAGUUCAAUUCUUACGGUUCUAGACGUGGUAAUGAUGAAAUCAUGUCUAGAGGAACUUUCGCCAACAUUCGCUUGGUUAAUAAAUUGGUUUCUAAUGCUGGCCCGAGAACGAUUCACAUUCCUUCCAAUGACGAGUACGAUAUAUUUGACGCUGCCCAAGCUUACAAAAAAGAAAAUACUCCUGUAAUCAUAAUUGCUGGCAAAGAAUACGGUUCGGGAUCAUCGAGAGAUUGGGCUGCAAAAGGACCUUUACUUUUGGGUGUGAAAGCUGUAAUCGCCGAAUCGUAUGAAAGAAUACACAGAUCAAAUUUAGUCGGUAUGGGCAUCAUUCCGUUACAAUUCUUACCUGGCCAAAACCCAGAAACACUGAACCUCACUGGAAAAGAGGCCUACGAUGUAGAAAUUCCGGAAAAUUGCGUGCCUCUGCAAAAAGUCACCGUUAAGGUGGAUAAAAUUCGCCAAUUCGAGGUAAUUUUGAGGUUCGAUACAGAAGUAGAUUUGCUUUAUCAUCGACACGGAGGUAUACUUAAUUACAUGGUACGAAAAUUAUUAAAUUAAAAUGACUGACAAAUUGAACAUUACAAUUUCAAUGAAACAAAGAAUCAUGUUUAGGUGUUUUUUUCCCUGUAUGUUUGUGAAUUUUUUUUUCUUCGUAAUUUGGGUUUAAAUGUAUUUAUUAAUGCUGGUUUAUGUUUUGUGGGUUGUCGCGUAUUUUAACGGUUAUAAUUGUUACUUUUUAUUUAUUAUGUACUUUUAUCAUUACGAAAUUUAUAUUAUUUUAGUACUGAAACAUAAAUAUGAAUACAGUAUUUUAGCAUUUGCUGA